GGUUAGGGUAGGGGCCGACAGUGGCGAUGGCAGGCUGCGCUCGCAGGUUUUCUCACCUCGGUAAACGGGUCCAUCGCCCCGGACUUCGCGUGUCGAUUGCGAGACGACGGAAACGGUGGUUCAAAUUCAGAAAAAGAAAAGAAGGAGAGAAAAGGCCAAGGUCUAACCACAAGGCAAUGGCAAGAAGGAUUAAAGUCAAAUUCUCUACUUCAGAAAAGCUUCACUGGCCUGAGCAAGAACUUGCGAAGAAGUCUGUACUAAAUGCAGAAGAGCCAUUGAUCAUUGACAGCAAAAGAAGCAUUUCACAUUUAUCUUCUGGGAUACUAAAGGACAUUUUCACAACUGGAACCAGUAGUUACAAUGUCCUACUACAGAGCAAAGAGGAGAAAAAGCAUUAUUCACAAAAACAGUCUUCCUCCACCUACUCCAAAAGAUGUAGAAAACCCAGCAAAUCUAGUUCUUCUCGUAGUAAAGAUCUUCGCAAGAUGAAAGCCCCAGUGCCUGUGAUGAGCAGUGGUACUUGGUACUGCCUAGAAAGGCAGCCUGGUGUUUUUGUCACUAGUUCAGUGUCGAGUCCCAUAAAGUUUACACAUGAUAUCUCUGUUACAGGGAACAGCAUAGUACUGCCACCUAAACCCAAAAACAAGGUAAAGCGAUGCCAUUUCUCUGCUCUGCCAAAGCCAAAGCUGCAGCCUCAAUUGUCUAGAAGUUUUGAAAAAGGAGAUGACUUUUCUGGGAAGAAAUUUUGUAUACUGACUGCCAUAAAGCCCACCAACUUGGAGAAGGAGAAACUGAGAUUCUUCAAAUCUGACUAUACCUACAAUCCUCAAUUUGAAUAUGCAAACCCAUCUCUGCCAAGUGUGUUAGCCAAACACAGCAAUGCAUCUGACCGAUUUCUUAAACAGUCCAUCAAUAUUAUGGAACUGACUUUACAGAAAUAUGGAAGUUAUGAAAAAUUUGAGCAGGCCACUGGUGGCAGCCUGCUAUCUAAAACUCGAAUCUGGAGUCAUGUUCGGAAGUACAUGAUGAAAGAAGGCUGCCUGGGUGAGAUCGUAGUUCAUCUCACUGAAGACCUGCUGUCCCGAGCUUCAAUGACAGUGGUAAAUGGGUGCCCAACAUUGACCAUUAAUGUUUCCACAGCACGUGAGCACUGGCUGGAGGGAAUGCUGAGGCAUGAGAUAGGCACACAUUAUUUUCGAGGUAUUAACAACCUUCAGCAGCCAUGGAACAGUUGGACUGGCCGCAAAAAACAUGAGCUAAAGCCAAACAAUCCCACAGAGGAAGGACUGGCAAGUAUUCACAGUGUCCUUUUUAGAAAAGACCCCUUUUUAUGGAGGGCUGCCCUCCUCUACUACACUGUUUAUCGAGCCAGCCAAAUGUCUUUUUGCGAACUCUUCAAAGAUAUUGGAAAGUUUGUCAAGGACCCCAAUACAAGAUGGGAUUAUUGUGUACGAGCCAAGAGGGGAUGGACUGAUACUUCUCAACCAGGGUGCUUCAGUAAAGACCAGGUAUACUUGGAUGGUAUCCUGCAAAUCCUCCGAUACAGAGAGACCAUUGACUUUCAUCUUCUGACCGCCCUGGGGAAGGUCUCUUAUGAAGAUGUGGAUCGCUUGAAAGGAUUGGCAGUUAUUGAAAACAUGAGGGUCCCUCAUUUCCUGCAGGACCAUGGCCGAUACAUGGAACAUUUAGAGAAAAUUAUGGAAGUGAAUGAACUGACUGACAGGGAACUGAAAGAUCUUAUAUACUAAUCAGCAUUCUUGCAGAUGUAGCUAAGCUAUACCUCUGUGUAUAUUACCAGUUAGGUGCAGUUUGCACCAGCAUAUUUAUAAAAGAAAAAUGACUGUUUACAUGAGUUUUCUGAAGAAUGAUCUGCAGUAUUCAGCUGAAUUUUUUAAAAAGGUUAAGUACAAACCUUAAACUGUUUCCUUUAACGUUUCUAUAGGCUGCAGGGGAAAGUUCCUCCUAUUUUUAUCUGAAUCUCAAUAGAGUCCAUUGAAAAUACUACUGGUGAGUGUUUUUGAAGAAUCUGGGUCAAAUUGAGUGAUAGGCUGUCUGGGCAGUAAGCACUGCUCCUAGUGCUUCUGCCUGAGCACCAAGACUAGCCCUGACUGUAGAGAUAGAACAACACUGGAAUUCAGACUCCCAAGAGUAUAUUUUAUUUGAUAAGUAAUUGCAGUUCUUCUUUGAAAAAUUAGUUUUGUUAUGCUCCCCAAAGCUAGCUGUAUCUAAAGUUUCUUAUUUCUCUCAUAUGUUAAGUAAUGGUAAAAAGGGGAAAAGUCGUUUGAAAAGUUUUCAUUAGUUCUUUAUCUUCCACGUUGUUUCACCUUAUCAGUUUAUAGGAACUAGAGAAUUACCUCAUUUUGUCCAGUUAUUUCUUAACUAAACUUUAUUUGCUGAAACAUACACCUUCAAGAUUUUAAGUUUUAGGGUCUUUCCUUCCCCAUUCCUUUAUAUAAAUGAUAAGUAAAAGUUCCAGAAAGGUUUGUCUACAUAGAUUAAAAUAGUUGGGGAAGAGAGAAGCUACUCCCUUUUAUUAAAUGGAGCGACUAGCAAGAUACAAAUAGAUUAAUGUAGUUCUUGUAGGCACUGGAUAUUGACUAGUGUCUACCAUAAACUUGACCAUGCUCUGAAAAAUGGAAUUCCUAUACAUUGCUAUUUGAUAUCAAACUGGCCUUGUCAGGUUGGCUCAGUAUAUUUUAUCAAAAUCUUUGACUUCAUCAACCCAAUAAUGACAUAGUUUGAAUUUCAAAAAUGAGAAUUCUGUUUUGCUGCAUUUUCUCUGUUAAAAGCUUAUACACCUAGCUUUGUAUUAUCAAUUUCGAUAUAUAUUGGAUAUAUAUAUAUACUUGGGAUCAAAUGGUUCUUCAAACAACUUAUUUUAAUGAUCAGGAAGAACACUGCUGUAAGCACCCCAUUCAAAAUUGCUACUGUAAUUUUUACCCAAAGCUAUCUGAGUGUUUAUCUUUACCUCAGUUCAGGCUUAAAUAUGGUGCUAACACUGAAAGAUGCAUACAGCAAAGUCUGGUUCACAUUCAUGCUAGGAAAUGAUUUUAGGAAGUCUUACGCAGGCUAGGUUAUGUGAUUUUUCUCAUUCACAUAUCUAGAAGGGCUUGCCUCAAAGAAGAAUGUUGCAGCAAAUAGGAUAUAUUCCAACUGGCACCCGGUGGUUCUUGCAAAGCCACACAUCUCACCUUUGUAGCUAAAGGAAUUAUGUCUUGAAACUAUUGCUGGGAUGUGAAAUACCACUGUUUGUCAGCUAGCUAUGGAACGGUUUAAGAAUACAUAGAAUUUUGA